CGCUCGGCCUGCGCAGGCGCAAGCCCGCAAGAUGGCGGCGGCUGGAGCGGGCCGUCUGAGGAGGGCGGUUUCGACGCUGCUGCUCCGGAGUCCGCGCCUGCCGGCCAGGGAACUCUCAGCUCCGGCCCGCCUCUAUCACAAAAAGGUAGUGGAUCAUUAUGAAAAUCCCAGAAAUGUGGGCUCCCUUGACAAGACAUCUAAAAAUGUCGGAACUGGCUUGGUGGGAGCUCCAGCAUGUGGUGAUGUGAUGAAGUUACAGAUUCAAGUGGAUGAAAAUGGGAAGAUUGUGGAUGCCAGAUUUAAGACAUUUGGCUGUGGUUCUGCAAUUGCCUCCAGCUCAUUAGCCACUGAAUGGGUGAAAGGGAAAACGGUGGAGGAAGCCUUGACCAUCAAAAACACAGAUAUCGCCAAGGAGCUCUGCCUCCCUCCGGUGAAGCUGCACUGCUCCAUGCUGGCCGAAGAUGCCAUCAAAGCCGCCCUGGCUGAUUACAAGCUGAAACAGGAGCCCAAGAAGGGGGAGGCGGAGAAGAAAUGAGCCUUCAGCAAAGCCCCUAGCAGGUCACUUGGCAGUUUGUCCACCCGCCUGCGAGCAUAGAUGUUCAGAAGCCCCUCGCGCUGCAAUAAAUAAUAGCCCCCGCACUAUGAGAUGCGCACUGCUGUUCCUUCGUGGCUCUGUGCCGGCACAAUACAGUCUGCUUGUUCUGAAUCCUGUGGCCUCUGUGCGCCCACUUCUAUCGCCUUACCCUAGUUCAUGUAUAUUUUGAAUGGUGGGGCCUCAAAACGGAAUUGAACAAGUUUUGCUGGUCCAUGAAAUGCACAAAUACCUAAUUUGCCGGACUCUGUUUUGGAGAAGAUUAAAUCGGGUGCCCUGGCGUGAGUAUUCGCGAGGGCUGGUUACUGUCCAUCAGGCAGAGAAGCGUGUAUGUGAUAAAUAAAAGAGUGAAGACAGUGUUCUCUGGUCAGCCUUGUCUCUUGG